AUGGAUGAAGAUCACGGGCCGCAAUCCAUUGCGCCCGCGCCCGCGCCGCGCCGCACCGUCGGCUCCCGGCUCCGCGCUGUGAGACGGGCCUUGACCACCAAAAAGGGUCUCCUCGGCGACUACGACUAUGGCUUCCUCUUCCGACCCAACCUGCCCUUUAUGAGGCGUUCGACCUCGCGCAGCCCAUUCUUUGGGCUCAACGACCGCAUGCCUGUGCUCCUGGGCCUGCUUCUCGGCCUACAGCAUGCGCUGGCAAUGCUCGCCGGCAUCAUCACGCCGCCGCUGCUGCUCAGCGGAGCGUCCGGCGCCAACCUCGACAUCCACCAGCAGCAGUAUCUCGUCUCCACGGCACUCAUCGUGUCAGGUAUUCUGUCGACGGUCCAAAUAACCCGGUUCCGUCUACUCAAGUCUCCCUACUACAUUGGCACCGGCGUCAUCUCCGUCGUCGGCAUCUCCUUUAGCAUCAUACCGAUUGCCCUCGGCGGCUUCGAGCAAAUGUAUGCUAAUGGUUACUGCCCAUCCGCGCCAGACGGCACCCGGCUGCCCUGCCCCCGCGGCUACGGCGCACUCAUCGGCACUUCGGCGCUGUGCGCGCUCAUUGAGAUUAUCGUCUCCUUCAUCCCGGCACACAUUCUUCUACGCAUGUGCCCGCCCAUCGUUACCGGACCGACCGUCAUGCUCAUCGGCGUGCACCUCAUCGAAAGUGGCUUCAAGGAUUGGAUGGGCGGCUCCGGGCCUUGCUCCGACCCGACCACCGCCAAAGGCCUCUUCGCCGCCUGUCCUAGCACCAGCGCGCCGCACCCACUGCCCUGGGGCUCGGCUGAAUUCUUCGGUCUCGGAUUCUCUGUCUUCAUCACCAUCAUGCUCUGCGAGCGCUUCGGGUCGCCAAUCAUGAAGUCGACAUCCAUCAUCAUCGGCCUGCUCGUCGGCUGCAUCAUUGCCGCAGCGUGUGACUACUUUGACCGGUCCGGCAUCGACGUCGCGCCCGUCGCCUCGUUCAUAUGGGUACACACCUUUCCGCUCUCUCUCUAUGGGCCACUCGUGCUGCCCAUACUCGCCGUGUACCUCAUCUGCGCGUGCGAGGCCAUUGGUGACAUCACCGCCACCUGCGACGUGUCGCGGCUCGAGGUCGACGGCGCCGCCUACGAGUCUCGUAUCCAGGGCGGCGUCCUCGCCGACGGCCUCAACGGCAUGCUCGCCUGCCUCAUGACCAUGACGCCCAUGAGCACCUUUGCGCAGAACAACGGCGUCAUUGCCCUCACGCGCUGCGCCAACCGCCGCGCCGGCUACGCCUGCUGCCUCUUCCUCAUCAUCAUGGGCGUCUUCACCAAGUUUGCCGCCGCCAUCGUCGCCAUCCCGUCGUCCGUAAUCGGUGGCAUGACCACGUUCCUCUUCACCGCCGUCGCCGUCUCGGGCGUAGCCAUCGUCGCGCGCGGCGUCUCCUUCACCCGCCGCAAUCGCUUCAUCCUCACCGCGGGCCUGUCGGUCGGCUACGGCGCCACGCUCGUGCCCACCUACUUCUCCCACAUCUUCACCUACACCGGUGACAACAAGUCCCUUCAGGGCUUCUACGACGCCAUCGUGCUGGUCAUGCAGACGGGGUUCGCCGUCACGGCGGCCAUCUGCAUGAUCCUCAACCUGACGCUGCCGGAGGAGCUGGAGGACGACGUCAACGCCGAGGAGACGGAAGUGGCGCACGGUGACGGUGAGCGCGAGAGCAAGGCGCAGACAAGGGACAAUGUGCAUGAGAACUAG